UUGAAUUGCUUCUUUCCGUGCUUCAGCGGAAGGCUCUGCUGCUCCCGCCAUAGCCAGUCAUGGCAGCUGCGUCGUUCUCUCACAUCUUGUAGUGCAGCAGACUGGUUCUUGGUUUCCGUCUCCUGGGAUUUUGCAGCAGCUGCUUCUUCCCCCUGAUCCUCCCUCCGUACGAAAUCGCUGUCAGCUUGAAACGCCUCUUUUCAGAAUGGAUAACACUCGCACCCUCCUCCUGCGGCGUCAGUCAACCCCUACCGCUCUGCUCCGCACCAACUCUUUUACCCCUUCCCCGAAUAAGCACCAGUCCCAGCAUCAUCGGUCACUGGCGAAUCCGCAGCGGAGCCAGCGCCUUACGCCGGCCGUCGCUCCGCUUCAGCGAACGCUGUCUUCCCCCGUACCCGACGCCAUGUCUGCCUCAUCCUGCGGUUUCUUCUCCGGAGUUUCCGGAUCCACUCGGCAGCUCGCACCCGCUCCAGUUUCGCGGUCGGAACGCUGGGGGCCUGGCAAGAGCAAGGCGAGUUUCAACAGCAGGCACUGCCACUUGAGAGUAAAUCCGUUUCUCGCGGGGAAUUGGCCGAGCGUUCUGCCGUCAAUCAAGCGAUCCUCUUCUUCCGCAUCUAAGUUCGCAUCAACCACAGCAGUUGCAGCCAGUGCUUCGUCGUCAAACCAGGGCCCUGACUCAUAUGAGUCGUCGGCGCACGCGCAUGGUACGGAGCUUAUUGAUCGGGACCGUGCCGUAACGCCGUCCUCUACCGCGAUAGAAUCGUUUCGUCCCGCUUCUCCGGCCGUGACUCCUCCUCGCACUGAAGCCGUCGCAAGGCUGCCGUCGCCCAAGGUGGAUCGUCGCACGCUCCUCGGCCUCGGCCUUGCGACGCUCGCUGCGACGGGAGCCGCGGAGCUAGGACUAGUCGAAGCCGCCCUAGCCAAGACCCAGGAGCCUCUUAAGAAGCAGCCGAUGUGGUUCUUAGGCGACGCGGCAGGGGGCGUGGACGGGGAGGGAGGGCUACUGGGGAAGAGCGGUCCGGGAGCGAGUAAGACGCGGGUGUACGACGCUACAACGGUUGGCGAGCCGGCUCUUGUCGGGGACAAGGCGAAGGCGUGGGAGAAGCUGCUUGCUGCGAAAGUGGUCUAUCUGGGCGAGGCGGAGGUGGUCCGCGAUCCCACUGAUAAGGUCGUGGCUCUCGAGAUCCUGCGCACGUUGCGCGAUGAGUCCUUCGCCGCUGGUCGCCCGGUCACUCUCGCGCUCUCCGCUUUCCCGCGCUCCAUGCAGCCGCUGCUCGACAAGUUCAUUGCCGGAAGACUUCCAGAGGAUGAGCUCCACGUGGCAGUCAACUACUGGCCCAAGGGCCGCCUGCAGGAGAUGUUACCCCUCCUUCGCUAUUGUCGCGAAGCAGGAGUUCGCCUGUUCGCGUGCGGCGUGCCUCCCAAGGUGCUUCGCACUGUGCAGGCCGGCGGCGUUCAGGCGCUUUCCCCAUCAGACCGCAAAAAGUACGCGCCGCCGCUCGGAGGCGGCUCGGCCUCGGCCGCCCUCGUCCGACCCGACAGCGCCACCUCUGCCGUCCCGUCCUACGGACCGUCUAGUACCAGCAGCGCGUUUGGCGCCGCCGCGAGCGGGAUCAGUAGCCUCAGCGGCGGGAAUGGUGGGCUGCUGGGGAUUGAACCGAUCGCGAACGCCGCCGAACCUCUGGGCUCCCGAGCCUCCUCCGCCACCCGAGCCUCGUUUCCGUUCGGACCCGGUCCGUACUGGUUCGCGCAGGCUCGGGUGGUGGAGGAUCACGCCAUGGCGGGCGCGAUUAGCCAAGCGAUGUCGGAAGGCGGGAAGACCGGGUUGCUCGUCGUUCUCACCGGCGCGUCGCACGUGCGAUUCGGAACGAAUGGCCGCGGCGUGCCGUCGCGCGUCGCCGACUGGCUGCGUGCGACGCCGUCGUCGCAAGCCGUCGUGCUGCUGAAUCCCGAGCGGCAGCGUGCGCGGUUGGAGUCCGACUUUCCCGAGGCGGAUUUUUUCUGGUACUCGGGCAGCUGGGCGUGCACGCGCAACUGCUUCGACCGCGCGGAGAUCGCGCGCGUGAUGGGCGCGGCGGGGCGGACCCCCGACGCGCUUCCGCGCGAUCUGCAGGUGGGAAUCGAGCGCGGGCUGAUCUCGCCCGACACUCUUCAAUCCUUCUUCGAGCUCGAAACCAACCCGCUAGUAGCAGAAGCGACGAAGCGGUUCCAGGGAUUGCGCGAGCGGUUCUACGCGGAUCCGCGGUUCCUGCAGCGGUUGUGCACGGAAGAGGCGAUUAGCAUCGCCACGUCACUUGCCGCCCAGUUUCAGAAGCGCGGGGACAGGUUCUGGUCCGAGCUGGAAUACGUUUCCGCGGAUAUUCUCCGCGGCACGGUGGUGAAUUUCUUUUCCGUCUGGCUGCCCGCGCCUCGGCUCUCGUUCCGCGACGCCGCCGGUCCGGCCGCGCAGGCGGCGGCGGGAGCCGCCGGGGCGGCCGCGGCGGGCCCGGCGGAGAAACUUUUGGGCGGGCUGACCGCGUGGAUGUCCACUCUGCCCCACAAUGCGUUCCAGAUGGCCGGCCCUGGGCAGAAUUUCGGGAUCGCGGAGCGGUUGGGAACGGUUGUGGUGGCGGGAACGAAGCUUUUUUCGGUCGGAUUUGUUUCCAGCGUGGCGACGCUGACGCUGACGAACUUCUUGGCGGACAUGAAGAACAAGCUGCCUGCGGACAGCACCGCAAAUAGCUCCGCGAGCAGCACCGCGAACGGCACCGCUAGCAGCGCUGACCACGCGGCUCUCGGACUAGUUUCCACACCCCUGGCUGCGGAAACGGCAGCGGCAGGAGCGGCGGGAGGGGCGGCGGCUGGUUCGGGGACAGCAGCAGCAGCGACAGGAGCAGGAGCAGGAGGAGCGGGGAAUACCGGUGGCUCUAUAGUUCCUCGAUCGCCCGUGUUCAAGACUGCGCUGGUGUACGGCGCGUUCCUGUCCACGUCAGCGAAUCUGCGGUACCAAGCUAUUGCGGGGAUCGUGGAGCAUUGGAUCGCGGACUACUACCUUGCGUCCAACCCCGUUGCCGGGACGGCGGUUUCGUUCCUUGCGCGUACAGCAAACUCCUACUGGGGCACCUCGCAAUGGGUGGACCUCGCUCGAUUCACCGGUCUGCAGCAGUCCCCAAAACCGGCAGCAGAAGCACAGCCAGCAGCAGCAGCAGCAGCAGCACUACCAGCAGGAACCAUGGCGGAUGGUGCCGCGCUAGCAGGCGCGGAGGCAUCAGCGGGUGUGGGCGCUGACGCCGCGAUGUCCAUGGCCAGCCACUUCACCCCCACGCAUUCCCCUAGCCAGCCCGAGCUUGUCUCUCAGCCAUUUCGUGUCCCCGCCUUAGCCGGUGCUUUUGGUACAGUAACGGAAGGCUCCUUUGCCGCUUCUUCUAACGGAGCUGUCUCUAACGAGCUUACUUUUGCUUCUCAAAUGGCUACUGCUGAUUCGUGUCCAGCGUCUGGUGCUCUUGCUACCGCCGCUGCUGCUGCUGAUGUCAUUGCACCUUCUGUCGAAGCUGCUUUCCUUGCUGCAGAGGCAGUGUCAGCAGCAUCAGCGGCAACAUCAGCAGGUGUAGAGGAUUUCGCAUCAGGUGCAGCAGAUGUAGCGGCUUUGCCAUCAUCAGCAGCAGCAGAUGUAGCAGAGUUGGGGUCAGGUGCAGCGGAUGUAGCGGCUUCGGCACCAGUAGCAGCAGAUGUAGCAGCAGUUGUGGAGUUUGGAUCCGAGGCUGUAGCAGCAGCGCAAGCAGGCGCUCGUCUUGUUCCGGUGGAGGUGUUAUCUGACAGAGACGUUCUCAACUACCAUCAGCAGCAGCAGCAGCAGCAGCACAAUUAGCACCACUACCACCACUAGUACCACAGCAGCACCACCAGUAUUACCAGCACUACCAGCACUACCAGCACUACCAGCACUACCGGCACCACCAGCACUACCAUUACUACCAGCGUCACCAGCGCCACCAGCGCCACCAGCGCCACCAGCGCCACGAGCACCACCAGCACCACCAGCACCACAGCACAGCAGUGGUUGCGGACAUACCACCUGAGCGUGAAGCAGCAGCAACAGCAACAGCACAAUCAGCACCUGUAGGGGCCAUGGGCGUGAGAGCUGAAGCAGAAGACACAGCACCGCACAGCACAGCACAGUAGUGGCUGCGAAUCUACCACCUGAGUGUCCAGUGGCAGUGCAGGUUGGAGUUCGUCUUGUUCCAGUGGAGGUGAUAUCUGACCGAGACGUUCUCAACUACCAUCAGCAGCACCAGCAGCAGCAUUUGUAGUAGUGAACAGCAGUAGCAGAUGCAGCAGUGAUUGCAGAGUUGGGAUGUGAUGCUGUAGCAGGAGUGCAAUCAGGAGCCUGUCUCGAUCUGGUGGAGGUGCUAUCUGACAGCAGCAGCACAACCAGCACAUGUAGGAGUGCCGAUAGAAAUAUUACAGGGAACUGGAAGCUGCGUAACUGCUGGUAUUUUGUUAUUACCCACCCAUACCCACUGCUCCUGCUGAUCUCCUUGUUGGUCCCCUUGGCUCCUCAGUGCUUGGAGCCCGGAGGAGCAAGCCUUUUUCUGUUCUGCGUCCCCUAGCUGCUCCCCCUCAGCAGCCUAGGGUUGCAACAGCCCUGUUCUGUGUCCCUGCUGCUCCUAGAGAUGAGCCCUGUCUUCCCCCUCAAUGCUCUUCUAGGCCUGGAGCAACCCUCUUUCUGUUCCCUCGGCUCCUCAUCAGCAGCAUAGGGUUGUAGAAGCAACCCUUGGUGCUACAGUUUUCUUGAGGAGCAGGAGUUGUUUCAGCGAUGGCCGCUACUUCUGUCAGACAGCCCAGUUUUGGGGUUGUGGCGUCUGGUUUAGAGGCCGUUCCGAAGUGCUUUGAGUCGACCUGACUCAAAAGCAACGGUUGUAUGGGUUAGAAAAGGUUCGAAAGAGAGGUUCUUCUGAUGAGAUGACUGCAGGUUCAGUGAAGGAUGUAGAAGCUGGCCUUCUACUGAAGAGCUGAAAAUUGAUUACGUACCAUUACAAUAUAUAUUCCAUCUGUCUAUUAGGUCUUGCAGUGGUUCUGGUUUCAGCUUCAUCUCAUGUGGGCGCUACUGGACAAGCUAGCCCGA